GAGGGUUCGCGUGUUUUCACUACGUUGGCUUUUCUCCCAAAAAGAUUUCGGUGUGGGAAUUUCAAUUUUACAUUUCUGAGGCUAUCGAAAGCUCUUUGACUGGAGACCGCAUCCUGAGAGUUGUGCUGAGUGCGUCUAGACUGAAUCAGUGUGAUCGGGCGUAAUGACGACAGAGGUGGGACCAGAGACGGAUGUGAAGAAGGAACCAGAGAAGGUUCCAGAAGUUCAGCAGCAGACGGAUGCUACACAAACAGACCAGCCCGAAAAACCCACUGACAGCGACACCCAACCCACCCAGACAGUACUGGAGGAGGGGAGCCAGAGCACAGAGCCUAAGACUGAACAGGAAGAGGGAGUGUCUCCUGAAGUCAGCAGCUCUCCUCCUGCCAGUGGGCAGAAAAAAGAGAAGGGCAUCUCACGCUUUCUGCCUCCAUGGCUUAAACGACAGAAAUCACAGAGCCUAGACAAACCAAGCGAGAACGGUACGCCAAAUCAGGAGAGCGUGGAGAACGGGGAGAAGAAGAAAGAGAUAAAAGAGGCGGCGGGUGGAGGACACGCAUUAUCUCCAAGUGCAGAACUGCCGGAGGAAGUGAAGGAGGUGGCAGGAGAGGAGGUGAGGGAGCAGAGCAGGCCAGAGGAGGUGCAGGUGGAGGAGAAAGAUAAGGAGGAGGAGAAGUCCAUUGGCAGUGCUGAGACACAGCCUGCGAGGGAGGAGAAAGAGAGAGAAUCAGAGGAGAAGGAAACAGAGAAAAAGACUGUGAAAGAGGAGGAGCAGGUGACCCAGCAGGAGACGAGCGUCCUGUCUCCACUCAAACUCAGCAAGAAGAUGAAGAUGGUGGUGUGUCACGUGACCUUAUUGGACGGCAGCCUGUUCUCCUGUGAGGUGGAGAAACGGGCUAAAGGCCAGUACCUGUUCUUUGAAGUGUGCGAGCACCUGAAUCUCUUGGAGAAAGAUUACUUUGCUUUGAGCUUUAAAGACAACGCCGAUCAGAGGUGCUGGCUGGACCCUACCAAGGAAAUCAAACGGCAGAUCUGCAACUCUCAGUGGCAGUUUGCAUUCUGUGUGAAGUUUUACCCUCCCGAUCCAUCCCAAAUGACUGAGGACAUAACACGGUUUCUGUUGUGCCUUCAGUUGAGGCAGGAUAUUGCAUCAGGACGAUUGCCCUGUUCGUUUGUCACACAUGCACUGCUCGAAUCAUACGCCCUGCAGGCUGAGCUUGGUGACUAUGACCCAGAAGAACAUCGUCUGGACUACAUCUCAGACUUCCAGUUCGCUCCAAACCAGACCAAGGAGCUGGAGGAGAAGGUGGUGGAGCUGCACAAGUCCCACAGGGGUAUGACUCCGGCCCAAGCAGAUGCCCAGUUUUUGGAGAAUGCAAAAAAGCUCUCCAUGUACGGUGUGGAUUUGCAUCACGCCAAGGAUUGUGAGGGAGUUGAUAUCAUGUUGGGGGUGUGUUCAAACGGUUUAUUAAUCUAUAAGGAUCGUCUGCGGAUAAACCGUUUCGCCUGGCCCAAAAUCCUCAAGAUCUCCUACAAACGCAGCAACUUCUACAUCAAGAUCAGGCCAGGAGAGGCUGAGCAGUUUGAGAGUACAGUUGGCUUCAAGUUGCCCAACCAUCGUGCGGCCAAAAGAGUUUGGAAAGUGUGUGUGGAACACCACACCUUCUUCAGGUUGAUGACUCCUGAGCAGCCCACCAAGACCAAGUUCCUGACUCUGGGUUCCAAGUUCCGUUACAGUGGUAGAACGCAGGCACAGACGCGACAGGCCAGUACCCUUAUCGACCGCCCCACGCCGUACUUCCAACGCACCUCCAGUAAACGCAUCUCAUGCAGUCUUGAUGGAGCUCCUGUGUUGAAUGUGAGUGAUCACAGUCAAGCUCUGACUGCAGGUGCUGGAGAGAACGGUCCGGCCCUGGAGCUCAACUCCGAUACCAAGAGUCCACAGGUGGAGGACGUGGAGAAGCCAAGUGCAGACAUGGCCAUAUCCGCCACCUCUGAAUUGGCCCUUGAGACUGAGAAAGACGGUGCUGGCUCUUCUGAGACAAAGAGCAAGUUGAGAGUGCAGGGGGAAAAUAUAUAUGUCAGACAUAGCAAUUUAAUGUUGGAGGACUUGGAUAAGACACAGGAGGAUGUGUUGAAACAUCAGGCUAGCAUUAGCGAGCUAAAGCGCACUUUUAUGGAGGCUACACCCGAGGCCAGGCCCAGUCAGUGGGACAAACGGCUGACGGGCAGCCCUGCCACCACCCUGCGCCUUCAGGCUCACGGGAGUGCAGAGGACAAACAGAGUCCUGAUGUUAACGGCCAACCAGACGUCGUAGAGGUCGUGGAAGAGACCGUUGUCAUCGAGGAAGUCGUCAAAGCCAAAGCCAAACCCAAAAUCCCCGCCCCUGAGGCAUCCAUCACCACAGAAACAGAGAACGCUCCGGAGGUCAAAGAGGAGAAGAGUUUAUCGUCAGACAGCGAGAGCGAAGAAGAGGCUGAGUACCAUGCUGAACCACCCAGUACGAGCGUCUCGGCUCAGCAAAUCAAAGAAGAUCCUGAGGAGGAGCUGGAGGUGGUGCUUAACCAACAAGCCCCACCCUCUGGGAUCGAGUCACCGCCAACCACAGAAGCAGAACUUGCUGAGCCUGCGCAGCCUGAAGAAGUAUCGACAAAUGAGGUCUCGAUGACGCCGGACGAAGCUCCAAAUGGACACACCCUUGACGGUGAUGUCCCGCCCACUCUCAGUGCUGUUGCAGAAGAGGAGCCGCCUCACAUCGUCAACGGCAGCAUUUCCCAUGUGGAAACUGAGCGCAUGCCACAGGUUAUUUGUUGUUCGGAGCCUCCUGUUGUGAAGACAGAGAUGGUGACAAUUUCAGACACGUUUGCCGCUCAGAAGACUGAGAUAUCCACCAAGGAGGUCCCUAUCGUUCACACUGAAACCAAGACCAUCACCUACGAGGCCGCCCAGAUGGAUGGUAAUGGAGAUGGGGAGCCAGGUGUGCUCAUGACGGCUCAAACCAUCACUUCUGAAUCACUCUGCACCACCACUACCACACACAUCACAAAGACACUAAAGGGCGGACUGUCAGAAACUCGCAUUGAGAAGCGCAUCGUCAUCACGGGAGACUCUGACAUUGAUCACGAUCAGGCACUGGCCCAUGCUAUAAAGGAGGCCAAAGAGCAGCACCCUGAUAUGUCCGUCACUCGCGUGGUCGUCCACAAAGAGACCGAGUUAGCAGAAGAGGACGACGACUAAAGGACAGAGCUGAAAUCCACAACGUUCCGCCAUAUAGGAUCAGUGUUCAUUCAGUCAUCCAUCUGAAAGAGUGAAGAAGUGAUGGGCCUGGCGAGAGAAGAGCUCCUAAUCCUGUAUCAAAACGUUUUCAUUUUCUAACAUCCACAACCAGAACCACUUUUCUAACAUUUGUAGCAUUUUUUUUAAGUGUUUAUCUUCUUUCCUCAAAAGAUUUAUCUUUACCAUUUUUGAAGAUCAGAUCAGAUUUUUGUUGUUUCUAUUGUUUAGUCAUUCACAUUCCUAGUACAUGCAGAGGCAUAAAAGACUCAAAAAAAGAAUUUUUACUCUCCAAUCUUUAUUGGUUUCAUCACUUUAUGGUGGAGUAUUUGUAAUAAUAUGAGGACAGUGAAGGUGAUAUUUAAUGUUUUUUUUUUAAGGGGGGGAAUGGAGCGAGGAUGACGACAGGACUAAAGAAUCAUUUGUAUGAUGUCAUUGUGUGCUUGUAAGGGCCAGUACAGGAUAAAUGGCAUGGUGUUAUUUCUCAAUGGUGGAUGGCAGUGCCAAUCAUUCCUCUAUGCAGUCAAACACAGAAACAUUCCAUCAAGGGGAGAAACUUCUUUCUACCUCUCUGAGAAACAAGACUAAACCUUAUAAAUGCACAAAAAGGAAAAACAUGAAACCUAGGCAGCUUUUGGGAAGGUUUUUGAUUUCCAACAAUUUUCUGGCACCAAUAAUCUGAUAUAUGUUAGUAGAAAACCUUUUAUUAUAAUUAUUUUAUUUUAAAUCUGUCCCUGUCAAUAAACUGAUCAUUUUAGAUGAGGUCAAUCUAUUGCCCUAUUAAAUAUUGUUAAUUUGUUUCAUUCAGAUAUUUCAAUGAAAUGAUCAAAUGACAAAGAACUGCCACUGCUCAAGUUUUAGCCAUAGAUUAAACCCUGUGUUCCCCUCUCUGUAGUCUCUGCUCACAUCGUCUCCAUGCACCCUGUGUAUAGCAAUUAAUAUUAGUAUUGUUUUCUCUUUUUUUAGCAGCUUUAUAUGAUCUGUCAUGUUUUUAUGCCCCUCCCAACCCUUUGUGUAACACUCUUCAAAUAAAAGUUUGUUUAUUCUCGAA